CGCUCAGCGAGAAGCGGGUCGAUGAAAGAUGACGAAAAGUCUCUGCAUGUUCUGCAGUGUUAGUUUAGUUUGCUGUCAUGUUACUCGACCAUGUAUUUGUGAAUACAAAUAUCGGAAGAUCUAAAACUAUGUAUGUUGCGUAUCAUUGCACAUUUUUAAGCGGGUGUAUGGAAACCCAGGAGAUAGAUCACACCACUGCCAGAACACUACUUGAGUAGGCGUGUAGCAUGGCUCGUAGUAUCCGUAGGUGUGCCGAGAGCGUCGUCCGGAUAUGGGCACUAGUUCCUCCCACUUCGCUGCUCUAGCCUGCUCCUCGUCCUGGCUCUCAGAAACAUUUUCAACCCCGGACUCGUUUGUCUUUUUCAAGGAUGUCUUUGAGUGAGAAAAGUAAUGAGGAGAUCAGCAAGUUGCUUGCUAAAUAUGACAUCAAACAUGGACCCAUAGUCGACACUACUCGAAAGCUGUACGAGAAGAAGCUUGAAAAGGCGAUGAAGAGCGCUCCAGUGCAAUCCUCGCCUGAUAAGACCUACUACAGGGAGGAAGCGGAGGAAAUUACCUACAUCACGUACCACCAGUCCAGUCCGGUUCAAGCGGUGUAUUCGGACGUGCUGAAACGAAGAGGCAACAUUGAGCCAAAUGAAGCCAAGGAAUCGGACCAACGCACAGAGCCCCCUAUCCAGAGCACAAACAGAGCAGCCAAUCACAGCACAAUACGAUCCGGGGAGCUGGUCAGAAAGUCUGGAGGCUGGAGCCUGUGGAAGGUGAUACGGCUGCUGCUGCUGUUAGCCGUGUUAGCAGCUUUCCUCUACUACUCCUACUGCCGUCUGAACGAUAUAGAAAAUCCUUUUGCGAUUCAAUAAAAAGAUAAUCAGUUUUUUUUUUUCUCUCAUUCCAAUACAAAGAUCUUAUAAACCUUUAAAUGCUGGCAGUUUUUUAUAUUCAUGUCACCAAAUCAGUAAAAUGAACAAAACCAGACACAUUAUAGGCUGUGUAUCCAAAAAAAACGGACGAACGCUAUGUGCCUUGUAGCCGAGGAGAUAAAGAAUAUAUAGUAGUGGUCUUUUCAAGAAAAAGAACGAGAAUAAUGCUAGCACUCUCCUUUUAAUUUCUUUGCUUUUUUGCGUGAAAUGUUGCACUUUGUUUUCUAUCUAUGCGUAUUAUUGUGUAUCUGAUUUCUUUUAUGUAUUGCUUUUAUGCUUUCUAACAUAAUGUAUGUGAUUUGUUCUUAUUUGUGGGAUAUACAUGAUGUCAUGCAGUACAACAGAUAUGUAAACUGAGGCUGUCUUUCAUAUUUCUAAGCUGUCCUCCAAAUCACGUCUAUAACCAAAGGCUGUUGUCUAAAUGUGUUGAUUUUUUUUUUUUAAAUAAAUUAAAAAAAGUCCCCA